AUUAUUUAUGUAUUUCUUGUUUUUAUUAAAGUUUAUUUAUUAAGAAAUGAAAAUCAAUCCUCGUGUGUUUUUUGAUAUUGAUAUUGAUGGUAACCGAAUUGGUAGAAUAGUUAUGGAACUCUUCGCAGAUGAGGUGCCAAAAACAGCAGAAAACUUUCGUGCACUUUGUACAGGUGAAAAGGGUCUCGGUAAAGUAAGUAAUAUGCCACUUCAUUAUCGAGGCUCCAUCUUUCAUCGCAUCAUCAAAGGAUUCAUGUGUCAAGGUGGUGAUUUUACUCGUCGUGAUGGUAAAGGUGGAGAAUCUAUUUAUGGUACAACUACUUUCCCUGAUGAAUCAUUCACAAGAAAACAUGAUUCUCACGGUUUGUUGAGUAUGGCCAAUCGUGGACCUAAUACACAAUCAUCACAGUUUUUCAUCACCACACGUCCUACACCUCACUUGGAUGGUAAGCAUGUUGUGUUUGGACGCGUUGUUUCUGGAUACAAUAUUGUAGAAAUUAUGGAAAAUGAGCCGGUUGAUAGUAACGAUAGACCCCUUCAUACUGUGAUGAUUGCUAAUUGUGGUGAACUAGUUCUCCAAUUACCUCCUGGCAUCAAAUUAAAAUUACAACAAAAAGAAUCAUCUCAAAACAAGAGUGAUAGUGACAGUAAUAAUGAUAGUAGCGAUGAUCACUCAGAAAGUGAAGAUGAAAAAGAAAAAAAAAGAAAACGACGUAGUAAGAGUAGCAGUAAAAGUCGUAGUAACAGUCGAAAGAGAUCAAGAAGUGUAAUUUCUGAUCAUCCAUCUGAUUCAGAAACAGAUGAAGAUCGAAAGAAGAAAAGAAAACAUAAAAAACAUCACAAAAAGAGAUCAUCAUCAUCAUCAUCCAAAAAACAUGAGAAAAAAAAACAUCAUAAAGAAAAAGAAGAGAAUAAAGAUGAAAAAGAAAGAAAAGAAUCCAAUGAUCAUAAACAUGACGAUACUUCAAAAUCAAAGGAAGAUCGUUAUCGUGAAUUCAAAGAUAAAAAUGCUGAAAAACCAGAAUGGGAGCAAAGAAGACGUUUCUUUGAUGAUCCCAACAUUACAUUUAAGGGUAGAGGACGAGUGAAAUAUAAUCGUUUGAAUAGUUUUGGUAAUCCUGGUAACAGCAAAAGAAAAAGCUAAAAAAGGAAAAAAAAGGUCACUAAGUUUGUCACUUUUCUUGCAUAUAUGAAGAGAAAAAAAAAUUUUUUUUUUCGAGUAUAUUUCUUUUCUUUAAAAUAAACU